AUUUUCUAUCAUAGCAGAAAUGUUUCAUGAGGCCAUGGUGGCAAUUCAAUUGCUACUGCCGCCGCUGGUGGCGUGUAAAGUGCUGUACUCAACUACCUCUACCAGUACAUAGAGCCAGAGUGCGGGGUGGUCCGUGACAAGCGAUCAACCCGAAAAAGUUACUCUAGCGCUUACCCUGCUGUCCGUCUUGUUAGGGCUCACCCUCUUUCACACAAAAUUCGCAACUUUGUGAGGGACGCUAUUCGCCGCCUGGACAUCAACGAAAGAGUGCAGCGAAAAGAGAAGGCAACCGAUCAACCCGCAGAACCCGCCCAGCCCGCAUUCGAGGCCCCACUCAAACCCGCACUAUCCCCCACCACAACCACCACUACCACCUUACCCCGCGACCUACGACAAAAAUCGACACCGCUCACCACCCAUCAUGUCUCGGUUUUUCCACGGCGGUCUGAGCGAUAGCGAGUCGUCCUCGUCCGAUGAGGAGGAACUCUACUCCGAAGCUGAGGAGUCGGAAUCUGAGGAGAGCUCCAGCGAGGAGGAGGGGUCCGCUGAGGAGGAGGAAGCCGAGGAUGAGGACAGUGAUGAGGAGGGAGGAUCGCGGUUCUUGAGGGGUGCCGAGAGCGAUGAUAGUGAUGACGAGGAGGGGAAACGUACCGUCAAGAGUGCGAAGGAUAAGCGACAGGAUGAGAUCGAGGGCAUGAUCAAGGCUAUCGAGAAUGCCCAGAAGAUCAAUGAUUGGGUUACCAUCUCCGCUGAGUUCGACAAGCUCAAUCGAGUCGUUCAGAAGGGCACCCAGAGCGCCACGAUGCCGAAGAUCUACAUCAAGUCCAUCGCCGAGCUCGAGGAUUUCAUGAACGACACCGUCAAGGACAAGGUUGCCACUAAGAAGAUGAAUGCCGCGAACGCCCGUGCGCUCAACGCCAUCAAGCAGAAGGUCAAGCGCAACAACCGGACAUACGAGACGGAAAUCGAGGCCUACCGUAAGGACAAGGAUGCCUUUAUGGUAGAGGAGGAGGCGACGGAGACCGUGAAGCCCAAAAGGUUGAAGUCUGUCGCAAGGAGUGUGGCGCCUGAAGAUGAGGACAACGACGAUGGCUUCGCUACUGUCGGCCGCGGCGGAAAGACCCUUACCUUCACACCUGAGAGCAUCUUCAAACACUUGAAGGUGAUCAUCGAGAGUCGUGGUAAGAAGAACACCGACAGGAAUGAGCAGAUCAAGAUCAUGGAGAAGUUGUUGGAGGUCGCCCAGUCGUCAUACCAAAAGAUCAAGGUCCUUCUGGCAUUGAUCUCCACUCGAUUUGACCUUACAACCGGAGCUCAGUCAUACAUGUCGAACGAACAGUGGAAAGCUGCGGAGAAGGAGUUCAACGUUUUAGUUGAUGUUCUCGAGGCCAGCCCUCAGUUUGUCGUCGUGGAGACCGCGGAGGAAUGGGAUGAUGAGGAGAAGCCACCGCAGCCUGAGGAGGGAGAGAUUUUCAAAAUCCCCGGUAGUGUCGUGUCGAUUGUCGACAGACUCGACGACGAGCUCACCCGCUCGCUGCAACACAUCGACCCCCACACCACCGAGUACAUCGAGCGCCUCAGCGACGAGGGCACUCUCUACACCUCGAUUCUACGAAGUCAGCUGUACUUGGAGAGACUACACCGCGAGCAAGGAGUCUCGAGCGAGGAAGCCUUGAACCGCGUCAUCAUGCGGAGAUUGGACCAUGUUUACUUCAAGCCCGAGCAAGUCAUCAAGACUGGCGAGGAGAAUGCGUGGAAAGCCAUUGACACCAAGUUCGACUCUGUCAUCUCCCCACGAUCCAAGGCCACCGGAUCUGCGAGCGACCUCCUCCACGUUCUGUGCACCUACCUCUACCAGCACGAUGCCACAGUCCUGCGCACUCGUGCGAUGCUGUGCCAUAUCUACCACUACGCCCUCCACAACCAGUUCUUCAAGGCCCGUGACAUGCUGCUCAUGUCGCAUCUUCAGGAGAACAUCCACUCUGCGGACGUCAGCACGCAGAUCAUGUACAACCGCACUCUUGUCCAGGUCGGUCUCUGCGCCUUCCGUGCGGGUUUGAUCUACGAGGCCCAGACGGCAAUGCAGGAGAUCUGUGGAACCGGAAGGCUGAAGGAGCUCCUCGCCCAAGGUGUCCAAAUCCAGAGAUACAUGCAGGUCACUCCUGAGCAGGAGCGUCUCGAGCGUCAGCGCCAGCUGCCGUUCCACCAGCACAUCAACCUGGAGCUUUUGGAGUGUGCCUACCUCACCUGUUCCAUGUUGCUCGAAAUCCCCGCGCUUGCCGCUUCUGGUUCAAGCCCCGAUGUCAAGAAGCGUGUCAUUAGCAAGACGUUCCGCCGAAUGCUCGAAUACCACGAGCGACAGAUCUUCACUGGUCCUCCGGAGAACACUAGGGAUCACGUAAUGCAAGCAGCUAAAGCCCUUGCGGCCGGCGAGUGGAAGAAGUCGAGCGAGCUGAUCCACGCCAUCAAGAUCUGGGACCUCCUGCCAGAACCUCAAAAGAUCAAGGACAUGCUGAGCGAGAAGGUCCAGGAGGAAGGUCUACGGACUUACCUCUUCACCUACGCGCCCUUCUACGACACACUUUCCCUCGAUAGGCUGACCGAGAUGUUCGACCUGUCUACCCGCAAAGUUUCCGCACUCGUCUCAAAGAUGAUCGCGCAUGAGGAAAUCGCCGCGGCUCUGGACCAGGUCAACAACGCCAUCAUCUUCCGCAAGGGUGUCGAGCUCUCACGACUUCAGACUCUGGCGCUCACGCUCGCUGACAAGGCCAGCGGCUUGACGGAGAUGAACGAGCGUUUCCUCGAGCAGAAGACGCAAGGACAAGGAGGCUUCCAGGAGGGCGGUGCACCACGAGGAGGUGGACGCGGAGGACGCGGAGGUCGUGGCGGCAGAAGGGGUCGUGGUGGACGGGGAGACAGCGGCGAACAGCGACCGCAGAGAAGUGUUCAGUUUCAACAACAGUCUGGCUUCCACGGGGGAGCGAUGAAGACGUAGUUUUUUUAGGGGAAUUAUAUAAAUGGGAUCAUCAAAAGUGGUUCUUGCGGUUCUUUUCCUCUUCCAGUUCUCUUUUUCUCCUGUUCUUUUCUUCUUUUUUCUUCCGGGGCUUUCUCAUAAACUUGUUUUUUUCGUUCACUUUUUUUUUACGGUCGGACACACGGGUUUUAUCAUGUCUUCUCACGCUGGCACAAUGUGCUUAAGCUUAUUUGUGCAAUGGUACAAGCAUAAAUGGAAAAAGUGGAUUGUUCGGAGUAAAUUGCGAGGGUUUUUUCCUCAAAGUGACAGUGAGGAAGGGAGAAGAUGGU